AACAAACAAAACAAACUUUUUUUCCAGCAUGUUAUGAUAAUGAUUUGAAGCGUAAAAAGUUGUCCAUGUAAACAUGAGUCUCAAAAGAGGAAUUUUGCAUGCUACUGAGAAAUUACAAAAACUCACUUCAGUUAAUCAGCGAAACACAAUAUGUUUUUUUCGUGCUCACGUUCUUGAAAAAAACGUUAAACUUUUUGUGCCCACCGCGCAGACUAUUUCUCAUGUUGGAAGUACACAGAAUGCCAGUUUGUUCAGUGGCACUUCACGCUUGUAUUCUGCUGCAAAUGAAGAAGCUGAGAAAAAGCAGCAGUAUAAUGUAAUUGAUGUCCAACCAAUUCAGUUUGGAGACAUGAAAUUUGAUGAACCAGUUUCUCAUGAUGAAUUAUUAACAUACCUUCAACAAUCCAAAUCUGUAGAAGAACAAAUGAAAAUUCUUGUUAACACUCUUGCUCUUAGUGAAGAAGAUAAAGAAAGGAGAAUUUGUUUUGCUAAAAAAAUUGAAUCGCUUCUAAAGCCAUUUUUCUCUGAAAUUAAAAUUCAGUUAUUUGGUUCGACAAUGAAUGGAUUUGGUUUUAAAGGCUGUGAUAUUGACAUGUCUUUUGAAACUCCUAUAAAAGUUAAAGAAGUGCCAUAUCUAGAAAGGCCUGAUGUCCCCUUGGUAGGGGAAGUUCUGUGUGGAAAAGUUACACCAUACGAUCUAUCUGAAUUGCCUGCAAAAGAACAGUUGUUGUUUAUACACCAAGUAUUUCAAGAAUAUUAUCAUGAAUCAGCUGAUCCAUCAAUAUUUAUUAAUGCCCAUGUUUCCUUAGUUAGAUUCUAUCAUGAUAAAUUUAAUUUGAAAUGUGACUUAUCAAGUAGAAACAAAGUUGCGUAUGCUAAUACCAAAUUGCUGUAUUUAUUUGGAAAACUAGAUGAACGUGUAAUUCCUCUCAUGAUGACUUUUCGUUACUGGGCAAAACAUGUUGAGCUUAUUGGAAAAGGAUUGAUGUUUAACACUUAUACUAUAUCAUUACUGGUAAUUUAUUUUCUGCAGUCAAGAAAACCUCCUAUACUCCCAAGCGCUGAGCUAAUUCUAUCUUUGUCAGAUACGCUUGAAAUUGAAGAUAUGACUGAUAAAAGCUUUCUGAAAUUAACUGAAAUUUUGCCACCAUCAGAAAAUAAGCAAUCUCUAGGUGAACUUUUUAAGGAAUUCCUCCUUUUCUAUUUAUAUUUUGAUUUUACAAGAGUGGUUUGUCCACUCAUUGCCAGAGCAGUACCCAGAGAAGAAUUUUUCAAAGAAAGAAAUAAGAAAUUUAGAAUGAAUGCAAUAUGUGUCCAAGACCCAAUGGAUACAUCACACAAUGUUGCAGAGCUUGUUGAUUACAAACACUGCCGAAAGCUCCUUUCCGAAUUGGUAUUGUCUUAUAAAAUAUUAGAACAAUCUGAAAAAAUAUUUGUGUCGCCAAAGAAAUAUGGCCUUGCUGCUAUACUUGAUAGACCAAGCAUUGCCAAUAUAUAUAAAUCUACUAAUGAAAGAAUUUUGUCAAUGAAUUUACCUCACAGUUCAAAAACUGUAGAAAAAGACAGUUGUAGUUCAGAGUUGAAAGCACUUCACACUGCCGAAUCUUUGAUGGAGAUUCUCAGAGAAGCUUUACUUUUCAAAUGUCAAAAAAUGGACACUGAUGCUAUCAUUGAUGUUUUAAAAAAAGAUGAUGAAAGGAUUGCAAAACAAAAGAAAAUAGCUCAAAGUUUAUCAGAAUGUAAAGUAGAUCUCCCCCACAGAAAAAUUAAAAAAGGCCCAAAACAAGAUUCUGAUGCCUCCCUCCCACUUGACAAUUUUCCCGAAGAGUCUAAUAUUGAACAGUUCACAAAAUUUAACAGUCAUCAUAAACUUAUAUUUUGUAUUCACUGCAAGGCUUCAAAUAAUGUUUGGCUUGGAAGAGACUUGACUGAAAUGGACUUGCACGCAAGUAUAGUAGGCGAUAAUGCCUUAGAAAGAGAAAAAAUAAUUUCCCUCAAUACUGCAAAGAACAAUGAACUGUAUGCUGAAGCUAAAAUGAAACCUUUUGAAUUCUUAUGCGAAUGUUAUAUUUCUAAUGAAAAUCCAGAAGCUUCAUUAGUUGUCAAUUUUAGACCUCUUCGGAAAGUAUUUUUUAAUCCUGUAUUAGGAAUAUUUCUUAAGGAAUAUGUACCCAAACUUGUUACAAAAGUGAAUGUUUGUUAGCAUUUUUUAUUUAUUGUUGUACAUUAUUUGACUUACAUAGUAUAAUAAAUAUUUUUAUGCUGAUUUCACUUUUUUUUUUCUUUGCUUAUCUUUCAACUUUCUGGACAAAAAACUAAACCAUUCAUUAUAGUAUAAAAAUUCUAUUAUUACACUGAUCAUGAUUUGGAUGUUCUGACAGUGUUACGAACCACCUAAGUUACAAUUAAAUCUAUUAUUUUUCAUGAGAUAUAAGAUAAAUUAUGUUUUGCAACUAUUUUUUACUAAUAAAAAAAUAAUUCAAUCAAAUUUCUGAACCGAGACUUCUUAGCAUUAUGAAAUUUAAAUGCUCGAUGAAAAAAAAAAUUUUUUUUUGAUUCA